AUGGUGCCUGCGCACUGUUGCAAAAGGGAAUUCCCUUCCGACUACGUGAAAGAGGCGCUGAAUGCUGUCGAGUUCGCAACGUACGAGCGAUUUCUGAAAGACAAGGACUGGCGCUCGUUGGAUCUGAAUUCGGAUCGCGACUACGCCAACGCAGUGCGCCAGAAUCAUGCCGUGCAGUGUCCUGGAUGUGGCGUGGGAGUGCAGAAGAUAACGGGGUGCAACCACAUGACCUGCUUCAACAGCCAUCAAUUCUGCUUUUUGUGCACCAGGAAGUGGAAAACUUGCGCCUGUGAAACCUAA